AUGGACAUGACGGUUGAAGUUGUGUUAAGUUUGAAGAUCACAGGCCAGCACGUAUCCGUGCCGAUCCGUGUGAAGACUCGUAGCGUCCGCGACGUCGAUUUGUCAGAUGUAGCGCUAGAUGAUGAGGGUGACGUCAUUGGAGAGCGAGGGUUAUGGCCCACCCUUUCUUGGCUCCACUACUUACUCCUCGUACUUCUGACUAUCUUGCUUCUCCUUGGCUCUCGCGUUGUCGUGUGGACUCUAAACGGCAAUGCCUCUGAGAACAUGACUGUCCAGAAGAACCUCCCCCUCUUAUCCAACCCCGGAUCUGCGUCCUCACAAAGCACACCGCGACUGUGGAGCCAAGGCUAUGGUCAACCUGGCGGAAGUUUUAUGGAUUCUGUGACCCGCCGGUCACCACCGAAACCGAGGGUGCCUGGGUACACUCCGCCUUAUGGCGACACUGCUGGGCAGUUUUCUGGUGAGAGCCCCCUUGCUUCAAGGUACCGUGGUGGCUCAUCACCUUCUCGUCUUCGUGAGGCAUUUGAUAACACUUUAUAG